CUUGACUAUGGAUCCAACGACGAACUAUCAGUACUCCGCAUGCCUCGAUAAGGCAGCCUAUCGGCGUGUUUACCGGCUCGAUGAGUGUUGAUAAGGACUUUAGGAUGAACAGUCACCACGGCUGUUACAUAUCCACAUACUGCAGUAUUCCUGAGUUCGACCCAAUUAUCCACCCCUUGCUGGAUGACCCUGUUCUGUCGACAUACUUGAUGGACGUCAUGGCCGUGCCUUCCCCGCAUUAUGCAUGUGGCUCUGCUCGAACCUUGAGACAUUUGUAGCAAAGCGGCAACACGAGUCUACCAUGAUGAUUGUCUUGUCACUUGCCACUAUAUCAUUAGCUCCUUCCAACAUCCACUUUGGUACUACCACCACUUCGAAAUCUAUCAGAAGACCCUUUGCUCAAGUUUCAAUCGUAUCCAGCUACUAAUUUUGGCGAUGAAGGAUACAGCGGUUGCAGUGAAAGUAUACACCAUCGGUGUAGAUGUCGGUGGGACUUUCACAGAUGCAGCGUGCUUUUCGCCCAAAGGUCGCACCUACAGGGCAAAGGUACCAUCGACUCCUCAAGAUCAGUCAAUCGGGGUCAAAGAGGCUGUGCGAAAGAUCAAAGAUAUUGUGAGACGGGAAGAUGGAUUCGUAGGUCGUUUUACUUCCUUACACCAUGGGACGACUGUGGCAACCAAUGCUAUACUGGAGAACAAGAUCAUUCCUGCGGCACUGAUUGUCACAGCUGGACAUAAGGAUGUGCUCUCAGCGCGGAGAAGCCAAAUACCUGGAGGGCUAGCGGCAUGGAUUGGCUUCAUGCCUCCAGAUCCACUGAUUCCUCUGGAGAAUACCAUCCAGUGCAGGGAAAGAAUCGGAGCUGAUGGGGAGAUUGUCUUACCCGUCGAUAGGUCUGCACUGAAACAGGACCUUGAAAGUAUCAGAGGCAAGAUUAAGGCUGUUACUAUCAGCCUACUCAACAGCUAUGUUGAUGGGCGCCAUGAAAAAGAAGUUGCUGGUGUUGUGCGCGAGGUGUUUGGAGAAUCAGUCGACAUCAUAAUGUCUCAUGAAGUACUUCCCGAGGCUGGCGAAUACGAACGUACUGUUACCGCAGCGGCAAAUACAGUCAUCAGACCUGAAGUUUCUCGCUACUUGGAUGGUCUCAAGAAGAAUCUUUCACAAGAAAUUGAGACGACACGUCUUCUCAAGAGCGAUGGAGGCCUCACCCACCCUGAUUGGGCGUCGAUGCUUCCCGUCAAUAUCCUCAUGUCUGGACCCGCAGGAGGAGUCCGUGGCGUUACGUCUGUCAUAUCGCAAGCCACGGAAUAUAAGAACCUGAUCACGCUAGACAUGGGUGGUACAUCCACAGACGUUGCACUCAUCGCAUCGGCUGAUCCUUCGAUCCGCCGUGAGACAAAAGUUGGGAAUCUCACUGUACGCGCUCCAUGUAUUGACGUUCGAACGAUUGGUGCAGGGGGAGGAAGUUUGGCAAUCUACCAGCCUCUAACAUCGACUCUGCGAGUCGGACCAGAAUCGUCUGGAGCCAGACCUGGCCCUGCGUGUUACAAAAAAGGCGGAACCCAAGCCACAGUGACUGAUGCGAACGCCGUCCUUGGCUAUCUUCCGCAAAAGCUACUUGGUGGUGAUUUCGAGCUUGACAUUGAAGCCGCGAGGACAGCAGUAGGCAAUCUUGCGAAAACAAUGAACCAGACUACGAUCAAGACAGCUGAAGAUAUCGUGAAUCUCGCCAAUGAGAACAUGUUUGGAGCUCUUCGUUUAGUAUCAGUUGAACAGGGUUACAACCCUGCUGACUUCGCGCUGGUCGCCUUCGGAGGAGCAGGACCUUUGCACGCAAAUGCUCUGGGGAAGUUGAUUGGAGCUUGGCCAGUGAUUGUGCCUGUAUCACCAGGCAUUCUCUGCGCGCAAGGCGACGCGACGACCAAAAUGGGCCAUGAGAUGUCUCUCGCUUUCAUUCGGUUGCUGGCUGAUCUCACGAAAGAAGCUUUGAUAGGAGAAUUCAUGCGACUCAGAAAGGACUGUACGGCUAUUAUGUCAAAACAGCUGGACACACCAGACCCUGUACUAUCGAUUAAGUACCAGGCAGAUGUGCGCUAUCAUGGCCAGCAGCUUGAUUUGACUAUCUCGCUGGUUGAUUCUGAUUUGGAGGGCAGUAUGAAGGACAUCAGUGACAAAAUCCUGACCAAGUUCGAGAAGAUACAUGAGCAAAACUUUUCUUAUACCAUGCCUGGGUUUAAGCUUGAGAUUACUCGACUCGGUGUUGUGGCAACUGAUGCGUCACCAGAUAUCGAGACGCCAAGAAUUGCUCAUGGGGAAGGUGGAAGCCCACCCGAUACUGCUAUCAUUGAGAAGAAGAUCAUCAUUGUCGAUAGUGUGGAGCAUGAGGCAACGUUCUGGGAUCGAUCGGCUAUCACAAGGUUUGGAUGGAAGGUUCAAGGACCAUGCGUGGUUGUUGAGAUGGACUCCAAUACACUCAUUCAUCCUGGUUAUGAAGCGGUAGUUGACCUGGUCGGUAAUUUGUGCAUUUCGCCUUCAGAAAAAGCUAAAGACACUGGCUUCGAUGAGAACAAGACAUCGGAGAGCGACACUGAUAGUAGAGCUGACGCGCUGAGAUACCUCGAAAGUAACCCGACAUUGCCCACUCUUGUCCAAGCAUCCCUCGCAGCGAUCAGAGCAGAGAUGGACACGCUAAUGUUGCGAUGCAGCAUGUCUCCUGCUGUUCGAGAACAACAAGACGAGUUCAAUGUUAUCACUAACCCACGUGGUCAGAUGCUAGUUGGCCAAUUUGGCUCCUUUGUUGGGUCUUUCCUGGAAGUAUGGGCGGACAAAGUUGCUGCAGGGGACGCGGACGAGAUCCGAGAGGGAGAUGUUUUUAUUACUAACGAUGUGUACGAAGUUAGAGGUCCCGUGAGUCAUCUCAAUGACGUGAUCAUCCUUCUGCCAAUAUGGUUCAAGCACGAGAUCGUUGGCUGGGCAGCUAACUUCGCCCAUAUGAGUGACAUGCAAGGGCAGGUGCCUGGAAGCAUGAGCAUCAAUGCAACCUCAAUAUACGCGGAUGGUCUACAAAUCCCUUGCAUGAAGCUUUAUGAUCGAGGUCGAUAUAAUAGAGACAUCAUCAACCUUGUCGCAAGGAACUGUCGACAAGCGGAUUGGCUUCGUUCCGAUCUGAGCGCACUACUGGCGGCAUGUCGGACUGCUGCAAAACGCGUGGAAGAAAUGUGUGAUCGUUUUGGCAAAGAUGUUUACCUAGCGGCUACGGAUGUGCUACUCGAACGAAAUCGUGUUGCAAUUGCAAAGCUCAUUGAGGAAAAGAUGAGCGAUGAACCAAGCACUUUCACAGACUUUGUUGAUGAUGAUGGUCACGGUAACGGUCCCUUCGCUUUGGUGUGCACGCUACAGAAAGAGGCUGGGAAGUUGAUAUUCGACUGGAACGGCACAUCGCCGCAGGCCGCCAGUAGUAUCAAUUUCUACCUGAGUGAAACCAUGUUCAAGAUGUUUGUUGGGUAUUAUCUUCUAGCGGUGUACGAUCCCUACACUGUUGUGAACGACGGCUUCCAUGAUCUACUCGACAUCAGGAUUCCUCUUGGCUCUGUUUUGAAACCUGUCCGUCCCGCCGCGCUAUCAUGUCGCACCCACUUUCUCGGUCGUGUGAUGGAUGUUAUGCAAGCUCUCUUCGGCCAGCGUGACCCAGCAUACUUAACGGCUGCUGGCUUCUCAGAUUCUCCGCACUUCUUCUAUUCUGGCUUCAAAUCAUCUGGCGAAUGGUUCCAACUCUACCAGAUUGCCUUUGGUGGUGUGCCUGCAAGGCCAAAAGGUGAUGGCUUAGACUGCCACUGUCUGUUCCCAGCGAUCAAGAGUGUGCCUACUGAGCUGAUUGAAAUCAACUAUCCUGUUAGACUGGAAGUAAAUGAGGCUGUGGCCGACUCUGGUGGUGCAGGCUACUAUAGAGGAGGAAAUGCGCAACGAACUUGCUAUCGUUUCUUAAGUCGAGGCGAAUUCAGCCUUCAUGAUGAUCGGUGGUACACCAGGCCAUGGGGCGCCAAGGGGGGAAAACCCGGAAUGAGAAGUCGCAAAACAUUGCAUCGCACAGAAAAAGAUGGUAUUAUUUCUAGUAUCAAACUACCCAGCAAGUGCGAUCAUGUCACUGUGAACCCAGGAGAUCUGCUCGAAUGGGUUACUUGGGGUGGCGGAGGCCUCGGUGACCCCUUGCAACGACCAGCAGAAGUAGUUGCACUAGAAGUAAGAAGAAAACUCGUGAGCGUCAAAGGAGCCAAGGAACAUUAUGGUGUUAUUAUCAAUGAAUCGUUAGACAAGACCGUCGACGAGGCUGCUACUCAGAAACUUAGAGCAACAAUGACGACAAUCAAAUUGGAAGAGCUUGGCGACAAAGAGGCUGUUCUAUAUGACAGAGGUGGUACUUUGGAGGAGAUGGUAGAGCGAUGUGAGGCAGAGACGGGUUUUCGCGCACCAAAGCCACAAUGGGAGGAAGAUCCAUAUGGUCCUCAUGUGGGUAUUACGUAUGUACAAGAGUGGUUCACUAAGAUGCGAAAGGAGAAGUUCGCGGCGUGGAAGCUAUAGUGAUUCAAUAGCAUGACGUAUGCAAGCUGGCAAUGAUAAGAUUAGUUCG